AUUAUUUUUAACCACAAAUACUAUAAAAUUAAGAAUUAAAAAAUAGCGGCGUAAUUUUCGUGUACAAUUACAAAGACAAAAUCUCCUUUAGUUCAGCUUAAAAUAUAAAUAUAAAUUUCUCAUAUUUAAGAAAAAAAAAAAGAAAAGAAAAAAAAAACAAACGAAAAUCUCUCUACUUUGCGGCAUCUACAGCUCUCUCCUCUCUCUCUCAUCAUAGUCGAUCUAUCCUCUCUCUCUCACACACUCUCUCAGACCUCAAAACGGUCCGUUUUUAUCUCAUUCACCGGUCUGCUUCGUUUCAAAACAAUAUCAAUUAUCAGCUUCUACUUUAGUGUGUAGAUUUGAGAAGCAGAGGUGUCGUUUUCAGCGAGGAGAGUUGACCCGGGCCGAGAGGAACUGCUCUGCUCGGGGAAGAAGAUAAGAUAGUAAAUAGAUCCGAAUAAACAUGGAUACUAAGGCUGCCGCCGGCUUACCUGACCCGAAUUCUGGUUACUUGCAGAAAUUUCGCCUCUAUGAGACUCGCUCGAAUUUUUAUAUGUUAGGAAGAGACAAGAGUAGGAGAUUUUGGAGGGUUUUAAAGAUUGAUCGAUUAGAUCCAUCUGAACUGAAUAUUCUCCAAGAUUCUACAGCAUACUCAGAAAGUGAAUGCUGUGACCUGCUAAGGCGAAUACAUGAAGGGAAUAAGUCAACGGGCGGACUUAAAUUUGUCACUACUUGCUAUGGAUUAGUUGGUUUCAUUAAAUUUUUGGGACCCUAUUACAUGCUGCUGAUAACAAAAAGAAGGAAAAUUGGUGCAAUUUGUGGCCAUGCGAUAUAUGCCAUCACCAAGAGCGAGAUGAUUCCUAUUCCGAAUUCUUCUUUGCGGUCCAAUAUGACUAAUUCUAAGAACGAGAACAGAUACAAGAAGCUCUUAUGCACGGUGGAUCUUACAAGGGACUUCUUUUUCAGUUAUUCAUACAACAUCAUGCAUUGUCUUCAAAAGAAUUUAUAUAACAGCGAGACAGGGAAAGUUCCCUAUGAAACAAUGUUUGUUUGGAAUGAAUUCUUAACUCGAGGGAUCCGGAAUAACCUCGAGAAUACGCUGUGGACAGUGGCAUUAGUAUAUGGCUUUUUUAAACAGGUGAAACUUUCAAUCUCAGGUAAGGACUUCAAGUUGACACUCAUCGCGAGACGCUCACGGCAUUACGCCGGCACCAGAUAUUUAAAACGUGGUGUGAAUGAGAAGGGCAGAGUGGCUAAUGAUGUGGAGACAGAGCAGAUAGUCUUUGAAGAUGUUCCUAAUGGCUAUCCAGUGCAAAUAAGUUCUGUUGUGCAGCAUAGGGGUUCAAUCCCACUUUUCUGGUCCCAAGAAACUUCGCGAUUGAACAUUAAACCUGACAUUAUAUUAUCAAACAAGGACCAAAAUUACGAGGCCACAAAACUUCACUUUGAAAAUCUUGUAAAGCGAUAUGGGAAUCCAAUAAUUAUUUUGAAUUUAAUUAAGACACAUGAAAAGAAGCCGCGGGAAAGCAUACUUCGUGUAGAGUUUGCUAAUGCUAUCAAAUUUAUAAACAAAGGCUUAUCAGAGGACAAUCGCCUGAGGUUCCUCCACUGGGAUUUGCAUAGACAUUCCAGAAAAGCUACCAAUGUGCUGUUGCUUUUAGGGAAAGUGGCGGCAUAUGCAUUAAACCUAACUGGAAUCUUUUAUUGUCAAGUUAACUCGAGUUUGAUGCCCAUGGGAUUUCCCAAUUCUUCCUACUCUGAGGAAAAUAAUGAUGAGUGCUCUUUGGGAAAUCCUUCUUCCACUGAAAAUGAAUUUGAAAGGACUUCAGAAUCAGGAGUUGGCAAUAUUGAUUCUGGAGCAAAUGGAAAUUCACGUACCAAGGCCCCAAUGUUUCAAAGAGGGGUUCUAAGGACUAAUUGCAUAGACUGUUUGGAUCGCACAAAUGUUGCACAAUAUGCCUAUGGUUUGAUGGCUCUUGGUCAUCAGCUGCAUGCGCUUGGAUUCAUAGAAUCACCAAUUAUUGAUCUAGAUAACCAAUUGGCAGAGGAUUUAAUGAGGAAUUAUGAGACAAUGGGUGACACGCUUGCGCUGCAGUAUGGUGGGUCUGCGGCACACAACAAGAUUUUCUCGGAGAGGAGAGGACAGUGGAAAGCUGCAACUCAGUCCCAAGAGUUCUUCAGAACUCUACAGCGUUACUACAGUAAUGCUUACAUGGAUGCUGAGAAACAAGAUGCCAUUAACGUGUUCUUGGGUCAUUUCCAGCCGCAGCAGGGAAAGCCAGCACUGUGGGAAUUGGAUUCAGAUCAACACCACAAUGUUAGAGGGCGCGAUCCUGAUUUCAUAGAUGAGGGUGCUAGGUCAUUCUUUAAAAGAUCACUAUCAGAUGGAAACCUUCUUUGUGAUAGUGACCCGCUUGUGGCAACUACCAGGGUAGGACCUAAUAAGCCUUUUACAGAGGAGCAAGGAGUUAAUAUGGGCCUUUCAGAUUCUACUCCAGAGAUCUCAACCUGUGAAAGCGACAUAUCAUAUUCUAGGUAUACGCCCACGAUGCCUCGUAGACGGCUUUUUAAAGAUAUAGGAGAAGAUGAAUUCGAUAGUGAUCAUAUUUGUUAUGAUGAACAUGGGGAUGCAUGUAGCUGUUCAAACUUUCUUGAUUUGGACUGGCUUUCUUCGUCAGGGAAUUCUUGCGAGGAAGAUCCUUUUGAUAGGACUAUUGCUGGCCUAUCAUCCGAAUAUCUUGUGAAUGAACUGAAAAGUGAAACAUCUGCCAGUGAGUGUGGAUCUAGCUUGAAGGGAAGAAACCAAACUGCGACUGACUUCUCUUCUGACAAUCUCAUGGGUGGAUUUUCGGAGCGCUUUGCGCACUGGGUAACACACGGGGAGACACUUUGCCUAUGAUAAAUUAACUCCAACUUUCUAAUCAUAGUAUUUAUUCGAGCCAUUAUCUUUUCUGAUCCUGUCCGAAGGAUGUGGAUCACAAUACAAAAAAUAAUAAAGAGCAAGACAUGAUACAAUUUUGGCAUUUGUGAAGCAAAGCAGUUCUCAGAUCAUACAUGUUCAAGCGUAUACCACCAGGGUUAAGAAAAGUAUGACCGAGGAAGCAGAAGGAUAAACAGCUGAUAGCUAAUUCAUUUGGACCCCCUCAAAGUCCUCCAGUUUCUCUAGGUUUCAAAACAGAGUUUCACCUUGUAAAUAUGAUUCUUUUAAAAUAUCUUUAAAAUAGAUCCAGAUUACAAUUUAGGCCGAAUAGAUCUAGAUUACCACUUAUUCUUCUUGAUAAAUAUGCCCAUUAUUACCAGUUUUGAGAGCAAUAUAGGAUAUUGAAAAGAAGUUUUUAAGUUUUAA